CUAACGGUAUAUACAAGUUUGUCCACCUAAACUUGUUUUACGUGAUUUGCACACAUUAUGUAUGCAGCUUGAUUUACGUUAAGGAAAGGCGAACUCGCAUUCAGUCUUUAGGAGUCGGUCAAGAUCGUCCUCAAAAUGCAUUCCUCUAUUAUUUUAACAGUGCUAUUAAUGUUGAUUGGUGUCAUCAACUGUCAAACGUUAAAUUUUGGACGAUGCCCUGCCCUCGAUGUCAAGCAGGAUUUCGAUUUGGCUAAGUACGCUGGAAAAUGGUACGAGUACAGCAAAAAUCGAAGAUACUGGAUCAUCAUGGAUUCCGGAUUGAAAUGCGCAUCCGAGACCUACACUUUGGAAGGUGACGACACACUUCUCAUGCAUAACGAAGGCCAGCGAAUCAUAAACAAUCGGCCCGUGUCUGUCAAAGCUGUCGGAAAACAUGUGGCUCCCGGAAAACUGUUAUUCAGCUUCAAUAGUGUUACACUGCAUGGCACUGCGGCGGAGGACGUUCCGUACUGGAUCCUCGACACGGACUACACAAAUUACUCGGUUGUUUGGAGCUGCUCUGAAAAUGCCGGUGUUAAUGCUCAGGUCACAUGGAUUCUUACGCGUGAAAUUAAACCUGAUCCGUCUGUUGUGAGAACGGCCAUGGAGGUGCUCAGCCGCAACGGACUAGGUCGUACGUCUAUGGUUACAACCAACCACCGAAGCAAUUGCAGGCCCAACUACAGAUAUUUUGGUUAUCCUUCUGGUUUCCCCAUUUCCCCAUUUUGAUUGUGCUUAAGUGACGUCGCCAAAACAUUUAUUUAAGUAGCACAUAGCAUCUCUUUUGUUUCUUGUGCUUUUAAGCUAAUAUACUGCACACGUAUCAUUAA